UGAAACAGUGUCCAGUCAACAACUGCUCCCUGUACACAACUUUCUGUCUUCAUCUAUCGCAGUAUGGCACAGAACGGAACUAUAGAAAAUGGACUGUCUCAAGGGGACAUUGUGCCUUUUCCCCAGCCUGUGAAAGUACCAGAGGUUACACAUACACAGAUCUUUAUCAACAAUGAAUGGCACAACUCGAUAAACGGGAAAAAAUUUCAGACAGUCAACCCGGCAACAGGUGUGAAAAUCUGCGAGGUUGAGGAGGCAGAUGAGGCAGAUGUGGAUAAGGCUGUGGAGGCUGCGAGAGCUGCCGGUCAGAGGGGAUCUCCGUGGCGCAGCUUGGAUGUGUCCAGUCGGGGGAGACUACUGCACAAAUUGGCCGACUUGUUGGAGAGAGACCGAGUCCUGCUCGCAACCCUGGAAGCGAUGGAUGCUGGUAAACCUUUCCUGCAUGCUUUUUUCAUUGAUCUCGACGGCAGCAUCAAAACUCUGAGAUACUAUGCAGGCUGGGCAGAUAAGAUCCAUGGCAAAUCACUACCAGUAGAUGAAACUUUUGUGUGUUUCACCAAGCACGAGCCUGUCGGUGUUUGCGGAGCCAUCAUUCCUGUAAGUAUGAAAGAGGGUCUGUUUCCACCCACUGUCAGCUGUUUCACUUCCUUCAGAUGAGCGGCCGAAGCUCAUGAUUGUAUCUGACGCAAGCACGGAAUCUCAAUUAAGCAAAUCAGACAGGUCAUACGCAUCAUCAUCUCGUGUGCAACAUUUCCUAAUCUUCUUGCAAAGGCUUACAGUCGCGAUCGCUCGUACGCAAAUAUUUUAAAUGUUGUAAUGCUUGCUGUGCCAAGGCCCGUUUUCAGAAUGACUUAGCAAGUGCACAGGGCGCUCUGACUCAGAGGACAACACCCCCCCACCGGCCCACC